UGAGACCUGUCUCCAUGGACCAUAUCUCCAUGGCACCCCUUCACUUGAUACCAGAGGAGACUCGUUGUCUAACAGUGGAGCCAUUCAGGUGAAGUGCACAAGGACUUAAACUGGGAGACCUCCAUGUGAGGAAGAAGGGAUUUAGUGUUUAAAAAGAUAGAACAACUAAGAUUUACUCUGUUGUCUUAAAUCAGAUUUUUUUCUUGGCUUGGCAUAUGUCAUAAAAUCCCCAACCAUCUAAACGAGAGGAAGUUUCAUAGUAAAGGGUGUCCAAACAUGAAUGUACCAAAAAUCUGCUUUCUCACAGGAUGUCCAAAAUGGCCUUGUGAUAGACGAACAAGUUUGUUGCCACUGUUUUUGUUUAUGACAUUGUCUGUGCUAACACUGUUUCACAAAGCAAAUGUAUUAGCAAUGAAAGUGACCUCCAGUGGACCACAGACUAUGCAGAUGGCUCAGGGGGAAAAAGUUACAAUAGACUGCGCCUACACAUCAAGUCCAGCAGACAUAGGCGAGCUUGAUAUUGAGUGGUCAGUCAUCAGCCCCGACACAACACAGAAGGACCACAUGAUCAUAUCAUUUACUGGUGGAAGGAAAUAUAUCCAUAGUGACCCUGCUUUUAUGAAAGGUGUGGACUUUACAGCUACAGACCCUGCCCAGGGAGAUGCAUCUCUGUCUAUAACCACAUUGGCUGUCAAUCAUGCUGGAACCUACCAAUGCAAAGUCAAAAAAGCACCUGGAGUGGAUAGUCGAAAAAUCUCACUGAUUAUUAUGGUGAAGCCGUCUGUACCGAAGUGUUGGGUAGACAGAGGAGAAGCCGUGGGUGAGCCAGUGUCAAUGCGCUGCAGAUCAGAUGAAGGCUCUACACCUCUAGUCUAUACCUGGAGAAGAGAGAAUGGAGGUCCCGUUCCCCCAGACGCAAUCCAGAACUCUGUCACAGGAGAGCUUUUGAUCAGUAACCACUCUGAAAGUCACUCUGGUAUCUACUCCUGUGAAGUUUCAAAUGCGGUAGGGAAAGAGAGCUGUCGGCUGAACCUUCAAGCUGUAAAGCCUCCUAACAGAGCUGGGGUGAUCACAGGCACUGUUGUUGGAUGUUUGCUGCUCAUCAUGAUUGUCCUGUUGAUCAUAUGGCUCGUCGUCUUCAGAUGUGACUGGAAUCGACAUGACAAAGAUUUAUCCAAUGAGAUUAGAGAAGACGCUCCUGCCCCUGAGAGUCGCCCUACCAGCCGAGUGUCCAGCUUCCGAUCAGGAGUGGCCUACAGCCAAGUGGGCCAAACUCACAAAGAACAUCCACCUUCCACUAACACCAGCAACAGCACUGCGAAGUAUGACAGCAGAUUUGGCUAUGCAGUGUGAGAGAGUGUUUGUUCUUCAUACAUUGUCAGUUUAAUCGACAUGUGCAGUUUCACUGGAGCUUGAAACUUUACUUCUCAUCAUAGGUUUGCAGUUAUUAAAGAAUAAAAGUGACUUUUUUCAGUCUUUUCACUGGAAUGUUUGCCACUCAUGAUGCAAAAUGCAAUACAGAGUCAAAUUAUUAUUCACAAAUAUGAGAUAUGGACCAUGUAUGAUGUUUUUUUUUAUAAAGAUAUGCUAAUCAGAAAAUCUUUGAUUUGUUUAUAUAUAUGUAUUAUUUAGUAGAACUCGUAAAAAGAGUUUCAGGAUUUGUUUGUGACAAUGAGCUUCUGUUGUUGCUGUUUUCUAAGAUUCUAUAAUCAAAUAUUGUAUGGUUUUAAACGUUUUUGAGAUCAUAAAAAAAUUGUUUAAUAUGAUGUGUUGACAGAUUUUCUCUGAGCUACUGUAUUCUUAAGUGUUGUUUUGUACUUGCUAAAAUGUUUUCAUUUUUCAUUUAGUCUCUUUUCAUUCUCCCCAAAUUGCAUUCGAUUGAAAGUAAGCAAUAUGUAGUUUUUAUGUGUGUUCUUUUUUUGUUGUGUAAUUACACAGCUUGCCAUUUCUUUGUUUAAGGCCAUACAACCUCAUCUUGAGGAACCUUUGAAACAGCAAGUAUCCUUGUCAAAUACGUGUUCUAUAGUUUACUUGGGCCAGUCAUUAACUCUUUAGUAAUUCUAAUAGGACUACCAAAAAUGUUGGAUGUUGUAAAGAUUGGCUAAA